GGUGGCUGAACUGGUAAAACCCUAUUUCUCUCCUCCGUAGGGUUUAACAUAUCUGGAAAUCCACCGUUGGGAUCCUCCGGCCACAAAUGGCCACCAUGUUAAGGCGUCUCUUCCCCCCGAAGGCGAUCGGAAACCUCCAGCGAUUUCUUCAACACAGUCGAUUCAGUUAUCCUUCUAGCACUCCUUUUUUCUCCCAAUUCUUCGUCGGAAGCCUCCACUUUCUUGUUUCCCGCCAUGCCUAUUCCCGAAACAUGUGCUCCGGUGCUAACUACGAGCCACAGUACGAUGCUUCUGUGGCAUUGAAUUUGGAUGAUCGCGUUCCGGCCACCGUCAUCACUGGUUUUCUCGGUUCUGGUAAGACAACUCUAUUGAAUCAUAUACUGACUGCUCAGCAUGGGAAGCGGAUUGCUGUGAUCGAAAACGAGUUUGGGGAGGUGGAUAUUGAUGGUUCGUUGGUGGCAAGUCAUUCCUCUGCUAAUGAGGACAUUGUCAUGGUCAGUAAUGGUUGUUUAUGUUGUACUGUGCGUGGUGAGCUGGUCACAAUGCUUUUGGAGUUAGUUAAAAAGAAGCGAGACAAAUUCGAUCAUAUAGUCAUAGAAACCACAGGUCUUGCAAAGCCGGGUCCAGUCAUUGAAACAUUUUGCACCGACGAGCAAAUCUCCCGCCAUGUGAAACUUGAUGGAGUUGUUACUCUUGUUGACUCUAAGCAUGCCAUGCAGCAUUUGAAUGAGGUAAAACCAAGGUUUGUGGUAAACGAAGCAGUGGAACAAGUUGCAUAUGCAGAUCGUAUUAUUCUGAACAAGAUAGAUUUGGUAAGCAAGGCUGACUUGGAGGACUUGACAAAGAAAAUACAGCAUAUAAAUGGAAUGGCACAGAUAAAGCAAGCUAAAUUUGGCAUUGUUGAUAUGGACUUUGUGUUGGGAGUGGGAGGUUAUGAUCUUGACAGAAUUGAUUCCGAAGUUCCAUCAGUUGGUUCUCAUUGUGAAAACCACGAUCACAACCACGAGCAUGGGCAUGGAUGCCACAAAGGGGACCAUCAUGAUCACAAGCAUGAUUCUGCUGUAUCCAGUGUCAGCAUUGUUUCUGAAGGAACCCUGGACCUUGAUGAGCUUGAUGAUUGGCUUGAAAGGCUGGUCGAGGAAAAAGGAGACGACCUAUAUAGGAUGAAAGGCGUCUUAUCAGUGAGUGAUUCUGAGACACGCUACGUUUUCCAGGGGGUGCAUUCCACUUUAGAUGGCUGCCCAGGCAAACCAUGGGGGCCAGAUGAGAAGAGAAUAAACAAACUUGUAUUCAUUGGAAGGAACUUGGAUGAAUCUGCUUUGAGAAAAGGCUUCAAAGGUUGUUUGGUGUGAUCCAUAUCGUGAAUCCUGGUAAGUUCCCAUACGAUAUUAACGAAACUGGUUUUAAACAUUCGGUUGUUGGGAAUGGCGUGGCAACGGGGGGACAUCAUAUGGCACGACUCAACAAGUCAAGGAACUUGUGAAUUUUCGAUGGUCCGGUAAUUCUGUAUCUAAUUCAAGUUGAUUAUGGCUGGGAUUCAUACUGCAAUUAGAAUAGUAGCUCAUUAAUUUUAAUCAACUCUGUUAUUCACUGUAAGUACAUAUUAAAAAAAAAAUCGUUACGAACUUCAUUUUGUUUUUCUCUAACCAAACGGUUAUUGGGUUUAAAUACUUAUCGUCAAGAAUCACUAUUCUCGCU